AAUAUAAACGAAAAUGAGGGAAAGCUUAAGAAGGAGAAUUCAGAAGACCUUGAGGAUCAUCUGACUCAAGAGAAAGGUUACUACAAAGAAAAAUCGUCGAUAGAACACGAAACGAUAGAAGUAUUCAGCGACGAGAAUUCAAAAGAGGACAGCCAAGAACACGUGAGGAACUCACAUAAAAAAUACAAAAAUUCUUCUAAAGAGAUUGUAUCGUAUAAAGAAGAGAAAACCAAGAAACUGAAUGACGAAGGAGAAGAGGAAAGCAAGGAGUCUCAAGAAUAUUCGACUAUAAAGAGCGAGGAAAUUAAUUCCGAAGAAUAUUCAACGGAAUAUCAGGAGUCCACUGAAGCGUUUUAUGGUAGCACUUACGAAGACCCUGAAGAUGACUACACAGAAUCUGGGAGUUUCGAGGACACGACUCUUUCCUCGGAACGUUUCUACUCUGAAGAAGAGCACGAGUCUUCCUUGAGCGAUCAAGAAGACAGUACGGAAGGGGUCCUUAAGUUCACAGACGAACUGCCUAAAGAAAAGAAGGAAGACACUUUGGAAAAUGGGAAAUCAUCGGAUUCGGAUGAGAGCAUGGUGCACGAUUACGUGGACGAUAAUUAUGAGCCUGAGAAUUACAAGGAACGCGAGUCUUCAGAUUCCAACAGUUUGAGCGACGAGAAAAUUAAUAAGGAAAUGAUGGCUGAUGGUAGGACAGAAGAACACGAGAAACCAGUGGAAAAUAUCGGUAAGAAUGAAACGACUGAGAGUCCAAAGAGUGUCAGGAUAAGAACGACUACGACGGUUCGUCCUACGCCUCCAAAAUUGUUCAAACCGAUCGCAGUCAGGAAGAAUUAUAAUUACAUUCCACCAACGACGACACCUAAUCCAGUGGUCAUCAAACCUAGACUCAGUUUGUUAAACCCGAAACCAGCAAAACCACCUAAAUCAUAUAACGAGUUGGUACCAAAGCCUGUAAUCAGAAAAUUCCCAUUGCUCUCUCGUAAACCGACUACUACGAUGUCGACUACGACUAAGGAGGAAGAUUUCACAGAAACUACAGAAGUAAUAACCACAGAGGCGAUCACCACUACUGAGGCUAGUAGGAGCGAGGAAAACGUGCUGGAAGGGAAGCUAGAAUCAACGAACGAUUCUCAAUCAAUAAUUAACAGUGAUUUAGUACAGGAGAGUCAUUUGAAACCGAUCAAUGAUUCCGAACACGAAUACCAAUUAGAAAUGAAAUCUGAGACUAAAUCGAAUGAUUCAGAACAAUCGAACGAGAAAUUGUCAGAUAAUUCAGAACAGAAUGAUCAAUCAAAACCAGAUUCUGAUUCAAAAGACGAGGAUCAGAAAUUGGAAUCAGAACAAGAAAUGAAAUCAAAAUCUCACAAUGAAUCAGAAUAUAAAAUCGUCGACUUAAAACAAGAACAUGAAACUCCAAUAAAAUCUGAAGACCAGGACACGAGUUCAAAUGAACAGAAGUCUUCCACUAAUACAGAAAAGGAAGAAGCCUUCACUCCUUAUCCUAUAUCCAAACUAUCGACCCUCGCUUCAAGCAUUGAAAAAGCUCUUAAAGAAACUACGAGUACAGAAUCUGAAAAAUCGACUACUAUUAAAAGUUCCACAUUGAUAGACGUAGAAUUAAUCAGUACUACAAUUCCCCCAACGACUCUGACUACCACUGAUCAACCUCUAGAGUUAUCUACUAUAAAAGAAACUACAGAAGAAGCAGAAACUGUUCAAACCUCUACUACACCAUUU